AUGUCUCGUGAUCGACCCAGUCGUCAUCAUCGCAAGCAUUCUCAUUCAUCCUCGUCAUCGUCUUCUUCUCGUUCGCGAACACCCUCUCCUAAACGUCAUCAUCCAUCUAGUGAUAAUACAGAUCAACUGCUUCAAAAGCAUAGUCGAUUUUUUUCUCAAUUACCCGAUGGUCCAUCAAAUGCAAUAAAACGAGAAAAAUUCGAUGCUGAUCAUAGUUUAUGUCCACCACCAACAUCAUCAUCAUCAACACGUUCAUAUACAGUAGCCAAUGUUGAUCGACGUCAAUUUGAAGCACGUCGUGAAGAACGUAUACGUAUAGCUGAGCUUGGUACACGUGGCAUUUGGUCGAAUUCACCAGUUCGAAUCGACGAAGACAUGGGUGGUAAAAGGGAAAAAAAGAAAAAAUCGCAUAAAAAGAAAGAUAAAAAGAAAAAAUCUAAAAAGAAACGAAAGAGACACUCAUCGUCAUCGUCUUCAUCCUUAUCAUAUGUAAGUGAUUCAGAACCAAAAUGGAUUGAAACAAAAUCGAAAAAAUCAUCAUCAUCAUCAAUAUCAACAACAACCAAUAAUCAUAAUGUAAAAAAACAAGAUAAUAAUGAAGAAGAGUUUAUUGGUCCAAGAUUACCUGAACAUUUAUCUCAGCAAUCUGACUCUUCGGCAAAUCCAUUAGGAGCAGAUCAACCAUUAGAUUUCGGUAAAGCCCUUUUGCCUGGUGAAGGUGAAGCUAUGGCGCGAUUUGUUGCCGAAGGUAAACGUAUUCCACGUCGUGGUGAAAUUGGUUUGCAAUCGGAAGAAAUUAUACAAUUUGAAGAACUUGGCUAUGUUAUGUCCGGUAGUCGACAUCGUCGUAUGGAAGCUGUACGUUUAAGAAAAGAAAAUCAAAUUUAUAGUGCAGAUGAAAAACGUGCAUUGGCUACAUUCAAUUAUGAAGCUCGUUCGAAUAAAGAAAAAGCAUUGAUGACACAAUUCAAAGACAUUGUAGAUUCGAAAACGAAAAAAUAA